AUGAAGACUAUUGCAUUUCUGCUCUUCAUCGUCGCCGCGGCUGUGGCCGUCGAACCGAACGACUGUUCCGUAUACAGACCAGUCUGUGGAUCCGAUGGUCUUACCUAUCCAAAUGAGUGUAGCUUGAAGUACCAACAGUUCCAAGAUGACACCCUCACUUUGGCAUACCGUGGAGAAUGCGAACCGGUCGAAAUAGAUGAAGAACCAUGCAUCUGUACUAAGGAAAUCCGUCCGGUUUGCGGAAGCGACGCAGUAACUUAUAUGAACAGAUGUCUAUUCGAAUGUGCUGCUCGCUUGUACAAUAUUUUGUACGUGCUUUACGAAGGUAGUUGUGUAAAAGGCCAAGUAGCUUACCAUUAA